CUACCACAUACAGGCAAUGACAACAGCUCUGUCAGCUUAAAGAAUCUAAAAAUAGAAAUUCUGGAAAAGAAAACACAGCUGAGUGCUUCAAAGAUUUACCACUAAAACAGGGAAUCUCAGCUCCUUAAGCUUUCUCUCCCAGAACCAUGUUUGUCUUUGCAUAACAAAGAACUCAAAGGACAUGACUGAGCAUACAGAGAAUUCCUCAGAAAUCUUUUCACAAGAUGAAACCAAAGUUUCUUCUGCUGUUCCUGCCCAGAUCAAGCGGUACUACAGCUUGAUGGAUGAUGAAGCGCCGGAUGAUGUGUUUAUCCAGCCCCCUUCUCCCCCAACCUGUAAGGCUGUUUUGUCGGUAACAGAGAGAAAUAUAAGUGCAACGCCAGCUGAUUACAGUAUGACCCUACCACCUGAAGCAGCUGACGCCACAAAUGCUAAAGCUAAUCCCUGCAGUUUAAACAGACACCAUGGUGAGAAGCAGUUAUUGGCAGGACGGAACGAGUGGGAUGAAGAGAUAAGAGGUACAUUGCAGUCCUCAAUGGAAUCUUUGGAUAACACGUUACUUUCCAAAGACGUGAACUCUACUCCAACGAAUUAUCAAGACCAAACAUCCAUAGAUGGCUCGGCCUGUUUGAUGGAGAGGCUUCUUGACAAAACUGGAAAAGUAGAGCAGAAUAACACAUCAGGAGAUGAAGAAUCAGACGAGGAGCAUAAAGAGGGUCCUAAACCAUGUAAAGAAGAAGAGAACUACGAAACAAAAAGAGACAAAUUUCAACAACAAAUAUAUUCCAAUGAGGAUAAAAACCCAGAGAAUAAUACCAAUCUAGAGAAAGAGUGUGACAAAAAUUAUAAAGAUAUUUCUUGCGCUGAUGAGCGAGACUUCAAGCUAUCAAGGGCAAUGUUUGAUCUUCAUAAAAACAAUGACUUCCUAUCUUUGGAGCCAUCAGAACUCUGCAAAUUUACCAAAAAUAGGAUGAAGGAAAGAACCAUUGACUUCCCUGCAGAAGUGAGAGGUAAUGAAGAGCAUGUUGGACCCAGAUCGUCAGACAACAACCUUACAACAUCUGAGCUCAAUAUCAGCAAAGAAUCAGAAGAAAUGUUGGAGCAGGUCAAUGAAAACCGGAGAAUAGCUACUGACAUCCAACAAGGAGAGCAGCUGCUUCAACGUCUUCAAAUGGUGCAGCUGCGACAUGACGAGACCCCAAGUACAACCCAGGAGAUUAUCAAAGUGGUAAAAACUGAGGUAGAAUGUAGGUUUAGGUCUGAAGUUGAGGACGGAGGAGUUAGAGGAAGGUGUGUGACAAGUGAAGAUGAGGAGAGUUAUUCAAAGGGGAAGGAAAUGAAGACAAACCUGAGAGAGAAUGAUAAUGAGAAUAAUGAAAGAGAACAGAUUCAAACAGAAGCAAGGACUUCUUUGUCGACACCACUAGGAAUGUCAGAACCCAACCAGAUUAACAAAAGAGAUGCAGAUGAGUCUCUGGACGAUUACAGUGAAAUCUUGGUACCUUUGGUAACUUUGCCACUUAACAAGCCUUGUGAAAUGUCCAGUGAAAUACCGUUCAUUUCUGCCAGACAUCGAUUUUCAUCUGCUGAAACCUCAAUGGAGAAACAGAUCCAGGAGGCAGCCCGGACUAAGCAAACUUUGCUGAGGACUGGGGGUGUUUUCAACCUUUCUGAUAAUCCAGAUGUGUUAGAAAUUCCAUUCAAGACAGAUGUUUAUCUUGAGUCACUUCUUACAAAGGCUUGUACAACCCAGCAAAGCCAAUGGCAAUUUUCUGACAAAAAAAUUCAAAAAGAGAUAAGCCAAGAAAUUCAAAGAGAACUGGUGCUGGUCAACCAGGGUAAGAUUCCUGGGGAGUACUGCAAAGGGAACGUUCGUCAGUUAAAGGAGACAAAACGGCUUUUUGAGGCUUUCCAGCAGGGCAACACAGAGGGUCCAACAAGGCAUAGAAAGCUACCUUCUUCAGCAAUGAAAGGUCCCGUUUAUCCCUCUGUUCUAGAGCGCACACGUAGUCUUGAGAUGUUUUCCCUGAAGACUUUUCCUGUCUCAAGAGCACAUUCUCUUAGGCUGUACAAUUCCGCAACCCUUGAAAGAGACAAAAGUCCAGAAACCCUCAGAUCGAAGAAUCCAACCAGGGGUUCUCGAGACAAAACACGUUUAUCCCCUUACGUAAAACAAGACAAACACUUGCACAGGAGCAUGGACUCAAUAAAUAGUGAAUCCUCUAUGGAGUCUAGGGAUAAAACAAAGGAAAAACAAGAAUCCCCCAUCCUUAGACAAAACCCCUUCUUCAAGUUGCGCCCAGCCAUGGCCCUGCAGCCAGAGGUAGAGAAGGACAUUCGGGAGGCUAAGGAAAGAGAAGAAGAACUGCGUAGACAACGAUGCACUCUGUAUGGGGAGGACAGACAGAAAAGUGAAAAUGAAGAAAAGCAUCGAUGUACAAAGACACUCAAAUCAGACGUCAAGCUGCAGUCCAGGGGAAAACUGGAGAGACCUUGGCCACCACCCUCUAAAAAGGAUCAGAAGAAAUCUGGGGAGAUUCAGCAGGAGGCAAAGGUUCACAGAGCAGGAGGUCAGAAGGCUCCUCUGUGGCAGCUCUGGGAGUCUGGGCUGGUCAAUGGCAUGGGUUCAGAUGAGAAGAAGUGAUGUUGGCCAUCCUAUCGAUGAAAGACUACAAACAUAAUUCAUAUUAGUGAUAGAACCACAGUCUAAGCACAGAUAAAUCAGUGAAAAUCACUCUGACAAACAUCUUUUGUUAGUCAGUGGCUCCGCUUUGUAUUUGUAUCAAAAAUAUGCUUUAAAUGUAAAAUAGUCUUACAUGGCAAGUAAAUAAAACAAAUAUUUAUUUUAUUUUUACUUCAUAUUUUUGAUUAUUUCUUUAUCUUAAAAGAUAUUUAUUCAGGACCCCCAAAUAAUUCUUUGAGAAAAUGCUGUUGUAUUAACCCAACCAGUAAGUAGUGUAAUAAUCUUUGUUAUGUACCAAUCAAAGCAUAAGCUUGAGGUUGAGUGCAAUUCAUUACUAUUGGCUCUAGUGAAUGUUAGAAUGAAUUCAACAAAACAUCUUUUUAAUUGUACAUUCAGCCUAAAUCGUGUGUUGGCUAAAUUAAAGCAAGUUUAUAUUCAUGA